UGCUAAUGGCGGUCUUUCCGGCAAGCAGGCGGUGCCACCGUGUCUGACUUCGUUCGUAUUGAAAGUACAGAAUGACGGACGACGUGGUUGUUCUGGAGGAUACUGUUCAGAAAGAGGAAAAAGUUCCUCAUUUUCAACCGCCCGUGGUCCAGCAUAAUCCAGACGGAUGGGGUCCUUGUGAAUUACCCGAUCAAUUCAAGGAUAUACCGUACCAACCAUUCUCGAAGGGCGACAGGUUGGGAAAGAUAUCUGACUGGACCACUCCAGCUUUCCAAGAUAAGAAAUUUCCUAACAAAUAUACAUCACAAUUUGGAUCAGGCAGUCAAUAUGCAUAUUACCAUGAUGAAGAUGAAACAACCUUCCACUUGGUCGAUACGACUCGUGUGCAGAAGCCGCCUUAUCAACGUGGCGGUCGUUUCAGACACAAUCAAAGGAAUAUGCGAGGUCGUGGAGGCCAACGCGGUGCGAUGAAUCAGAUGCAGCAGCUUGGCAAAUUGAAACUCCGUGAGAGAGAUCGUAAAGGGCAAACUAAACGAUGGGGUAGACAGCAAGGUCUACGGAAUCAUAAGAAUCAGCCGCCGAUUAAAAUCCGUGACGCGUCUGUCACUGUCAGGCCUGAUUGGGUGACUAUCGAAGAAAUGGACUUCCCACGCUUGGCAAAACUGUCUUUACCUGGUGUAAAAGACGGAGAGGACAUCUUGUGCUGCGGCUCUCUUGAAUACUAUGAUAAAACUUACGACAGAGUGAAUGUCAAGAAUGAAAAGCCACUGCAAAGGAUCGAUCGAAUUUUCCAUACUGUUACAACUACCGACGAUCCUAUUAUUCGCAAGCUUUCGAAGACCGAAGGAAACGUUUACGCAACGGACGCAAUUUUGGCAACGAUAAUGUGCUGCACGCGCAGCAAUUAUUCUUGGGAUAUAGUGAUUGAGAAAAUCGGAGAUAAAUUGUUCUUCGACAAGCGAGACAACACGGAGUUCGAUCUUCUCACCGUGAACGAGACCAGCGUCGAGCCUCCACAGGACGACGGGAAUUCAUUAAACUCGCCUAGGAAUUUAGCUUUAGAAGCUACGUUCAUUAAUCACAAUUUCUCCCAGCAAGUGUUGAAAUCCAACGAACCUAGAUAUAAAUUCGAGGAAGGGAAUCCGUUCAUCGCCGAGGAAGAGGAGGGCGAUGUUGCCAGCGUCGCGUAUCGUUACAGAAAAUGGGAUUUGAACAACGGAAUAGUUCUCGUCACGAGAUGCGAACACGACGCCGUGAUGCAAGGGCCUAAUAACGAGAUUCAAUUCCUGACGAUCAAAGCUCUGAACGAAUGGGAUUCGAAACUGGCUAACGGCGUUGAAUGGAGGCAGAAAUUAGAUACUCAACGCGGUGCGGUAUUGGCAAACGAGCUGCGCAAUAACGCCUGCAAGUUAGCUAAGUGGACUGUCCAGGCGUUGUUAGCUGGUUCGGAUCAAUUGAAAUUUGGAUACGUUUCUAGAGCAAUGGUCAGAGACUCUAGCAAACACGUUAUUCUGGGCACGCAGCAGUAUAAGCCGAAUGAAUUCGCAACGCAGAUCAAUCUCAACAUGGACAAUGCGUGGGGUAUUUUACGAUGCAUCAUCGACAUUUGUAUGAAACAAAAGGAUGGGAAAUAUCUGAUUAUGAAGGAUCCGAAUAAGCCGAUGAUAAGAUUGUACGAUAUUCCGGAUAAUACAUUUGAAAGUGAAGGCGAGGAGGACGACGACGACGACGAACCUGUUAAUGAUGCAUUUCAGAGUUAAUAGUGUAAAAUUCUCUUGAACUUCACUCGAUUAUUAUUAUUGUGAAAGUCACUGAUUUGUACCAUGGUCAUAACGCAUUAUAAAAUAAAAAUAAAGUGGCGUAAUAAACAAAUUUCAACUCAA